UUCUGACAAGCGUAGAAAAAGUUUCAACAGCCGCCAUUUUGCCUGUUUGAAGUCGCGUAGAAAUUCAGAUGAUUUUCUUCUCUUCUACUGUCUUAUGUAUAUUAUAAGGGUAUGUUUUUGUAAAAUCAGUGUUAGAUAAUAUAAUAGUGUUUUAAUUUCGGUGACGGUCCCUGUCGGUGUGUGAAAUAGUGAAAAACUUGCUCGAUUAAAUUAGAGAUCAUUGUGCAGUUCCGAUGGUAGAUGGAGAAAGGCAGUCGCGAAAUAUAGUCGACCACUCGCAUUAGUCGAUACUCAUAAUGGCUGAUGGUUGACUUUUAUUCGAUAAAUAUGUGCCUUGUGAGAUGCAUCGACCCUCGAACACUCGGUACAUCGACUGUUUGGCUAUGUUUCUUUCAUAAUUUCAGCCAUAAAACAUGUAUUUCUUAGUUGCGGUGCAAUAAAUAGUGGAUAACAGUGGUGGUAGUUUGGUCAGCCGUUGCAUUGGGCCAGUGCUCGGUUUUGGCUUGGUAAACAGCAGAGUGUACCGAUUUUGCCAUGGCCGAUCACCUUGUAGAUGGGCCUCCCAAUGCCAAAAGGCAGAAAUUGGACCCUUUUCAGGGACCAUCGGACUCAUCCGAUGGUCUAUCAAACAUGGAUAUGUUGGAUUUGGAGAAUGAUCUUCCGGACGAGUUGAUGUCGUCGUCACCAUGGGGCAUAACAGAUAAUAUGACGAAUUCCAAACCUCCUGCUCAAGGUCCGGGUCCGGGGUUGCAAAACGGCAUCGAUCCAACAGAGAGUAAUAAUCUUAGACAGAUGCAGCUCAAUCACCUUUUGCAACAGACCAAUAAAGGUUUGGCAGCGAAUUCGCUAGCUUUAGCCGGCAACGCCUUGGGUAACAAAAGCCCCAAUCUCCAAUCGCCCCCGAAUGUUUCUGUAGCGAAGGGCGGCGUGGUGGAGAUGAGCCUCGGUAAUUUACCUUCUAGCAUAUCCAGUAACUCCGGACUACAGUCUAUGGCUAAUAAUGGUAGCUCAACGCAAGUUAUGAGUUCAGUACAAGGAAUGAAUAAUAGCGGUGGUAACAUGAUAAUGACCAGCAGCAAUAUGAGUACAAUGGGCGGAAUGGCUGGUGGCGGUUUGGUUGUGAGCAGCACCGUAAAUAAGCCCUUGGCGAAUUCGUUUGCUGCGGGCCAUCCUCAACAUCCCGGCAAUCAUAACGUUGCUCAAGGCAUACCAAACGGGCCGAUGAUGAAUAGAGUGAGCAUGCAUUUGAAUCAGAGAGCUCCGACCCUUCACAUCGGCGGUCCUCGACCUCAGACGGUCGGUCCGCCUCAUUUGGGACCUCAAGGCAUGACCGGGAAUCCCCAGUAUUUGGGAUACACAAAUAAUCCGAAUCAAACAGGCCAAGGUGUUCCUGUAGGUGAGUAUGGCGUUGUGACACCUCAACAAAAACUUAACCUUCAAAAUCAAUGCCCUCGAUUUGGAGCGACUCAAAACGUGCCCGGUCAGGGAAUAGUGCCGCCCGGUUGCGGCGGCGACGGCGGAAUAGUUCAAACACAACCACCUGCCCCCUCGCCGGCUCAACCGCAGUCCGGAGCGCCGAGCGGGACGCAACCCGGACCCCAGCAAGCCACGCAAAAUCCCAGCGGACCAUCGGGUGGUCAGCCGGCCCCAUCCACAGGUAAAGAUCCGGAGAAAAGGAAGCUAAUACAACAACAGUUGGUUCUGCUAUUGCACGCCCACAAAUGCCAAAGGCGCGAGUCGCAAACCAACGGCGAGGCUUGGUCUUGUAACCUGCCGCACUGUAAAACGAUGAAGAACGUCUUGAACCACAUGACGACCUGUAACGCUGGGAAAAGUUGUUCGGUCGCCCAUUGCAGUUCCUCCAGACAGAUUAUCAGCCAUUGGAAGAAUUGCGUGAGAUCCGACUGUCCAGUUUGUUUGCCCCUAAAGCAAGCCGAUAAAAACAGAAACAAUCCUAAUGCUGCCACGAAUGCCCCUCAAAACAAUCAAUCUCCGAAUCCGUCGGCGAACGACAUGCGUCGCGCGUACGACGCUCUCGGAAUCCAAAUACCGACGACGGCUUCGGGCGGACCGAGCCCCACCGGUAUAAUGACAAAUUGCGGGCCGCCGAGACCCGGCAUAAGGUUACCAUUGAACAGCGGCAACGCCAUACCCGGCAAUAUAGGCGGCGGAAACAUGCAAGGCAACGUGCGCGUGCUGGCGCCCCCGGGACCGGCGGUGCCCAACGUUUCGCUCCCGUUGAGCAGCGAUCCAUCCAAUUCGGCCCAAGUCCCUGCCGGUUUGAGCCAGACGGCGACGAGCGUCCAACAAAGCGUCAACAACGUCAUGUUCGGCUUGACGGAGUCGGCCAAUCAGGGUUUGAUGAAUCCGUUGCCGGCUGCUUUGGGGCCCGGCCAAGUGACCGCGUCGCCCGUCACCGGAACCAAAGAGUGGCAUCAAUCGGUCACUCCCGAUCUCAGAAAUCAUCUGGUUCAUAAGCUGGUGCAGGCGAUAUUUCCCACGCCGGAUCCUCAGGCCCUGUUGGAUAAGCGGAUGCACAAUUUGGUGGCGUACGCGAGGAAAGUCGAAGGGGAUAUGUACGAAAUGGCGAAUUCGAGAUCCGAAUACUAUCAUCUGUUGGCCGAGAAAAUCUAUAAGAUUCAAAAGGAAUUGGAAGAGAAAAGACUGAAAAGGAAGGAGCUUCAAUUGCAAUUGGCACAUUCUCAGCCGCCGAUUAGACCAAAUAUGCAGGGAAUGGUACCGCGACCUCCCGGCGUACCCGUAAACGUUUUAGCCUGCCAACAACCACCGCAACAACAACCUACGCAACAGCAACAACCUAAUCAAUCGCAACAACUCCGAAGCGGCUCGCCCGCCCUCGGCGUACCGCCGAUCGGCGGUCUGGGAGUCAUGAAUCCGAACAGCACCAGACUCAUGUUCCCUGUACAACAAAACAGCCAGCAAACUCAACAACAACAACCGAACGUCGUCGGUUUGCCGGGACCCAGUCCGACGACGUCCAAUCCCGGUCUAUCGCCGUUCGGUAAUCCCCUAUCGCAAGGCAGCACCACCAACGCGUCGUCCAAUCCAUUCCCGACGACGAGCAACGGCCCCGUCAGUUUGCCGCAAGUGUCGCCGGCCGGUCAGAAUUCGCAAUCGAACCAAUUUAACGAUAUGCUGAAGCACAACCGAAUUCCCCCGUCGCCAUCCAGCUUCGCCCAGCAGCAGACGAACAUGUCGCAGGCCAAUCAACAGAACGUCGUUCAAAAUAUUUGCACUCGAAUACCUACCGCUUCUUCGGAAUCGGUUUCCACUCCCAUGGCUACCAGCGUCGGUCCGAAAUCGGUCAGUUCUUCCAGAGGUGCAUCACCGGCUCCUGCCACUCCUGUGCAAGCUUCGCCGUCCGCUAUGGCCGUCAGUAUGGGUAAAGGUAUGAACAGCGCAGAACGGGCGGCUUUGAAUGCUCCCAGGCAAAGUUCGCUUUCGUCUCAAAUGGCCGCCAUUACGGCGGCUUCGGAACGGGACGAGGAUUCGCCGUCUUCGCCCGCUGGGGGUUGCAAGGGUAAAUUGGAUCAGAUGAAAAUGGAAACUGAUAUCAAACAGGAGGAUUCGGAGAUGAACGAGAAUCACAUGGAGAACAACCACGGCGGGAAGAACAUAAAGAGCGAAAUGAAGAUGGAGAUCAAGCAGGAGAUAAAAUCGGAGCCUCUAGAUGAUAAUAUGUCGAUUAAAGAAGAAGACGGGUUGAUGAAAGAUGGAGAACCGAACGGUUCGGAUAAUUCUAAUGACAUUAAACCUGCGAUUACCGACACUGCCAACGCUACUGCCAUUGCGGGUGAUAAAAAACAGAAAAUAUUCAAACCUGACGAGCUACGCCAAAAAUUAAUGCCUACUUUAGAAAAAUUAUUCAGACAGGAUCCGGAGAGUAUACCGUUUAGGCAACCUGUGGAUCCACAAACACUGGGAAUACCGGACUAUUUUGACAUUGUCAAGAGACCGAUGGAUCUCUCGACGAUAAAACGAAAACUCGACAUUGGACAAUACGCGGACCCAUGGGAAUACGUUGACGAUGUUUGGUUGAUGUUCGAUAACGCUUGGUUGUACAAUAGAAAAACGAGCAGGGUGUACAGAUAUUGUACGAAGUUAUCGGAAGUGUUUGAACAAGAAAUCGACCCGGUCAUGCAGUCAAUGGGAUAUUGUUGCGGAAGGAAAUACACGUUCAAUCCGCAAGUUUUGUGUUGUUUCGGUAAACAACUUUGUACUAUACCGAGAGACGCCAAGUACUAUAGUUAUCAGAACAGUAGUUUAAAGGCCUACGGAUUAACAUCUGAUAGGUAUACGUUUUGCCAGAAAUGCUUUAAUGAUAUUCAAGGAGACACGGUCACGUUGGGCGACGAUCCUACUCAAGCUCAAACAGCAAUAAAGAAAGAUCAGUUCAAAGAAAUGAAGAACGAUCACCUGGAAAUGGAGGCGUUCGUCAAUUGCACCGAUUGCGGUCGAAAACUCCAUCAAAUCUGCGUACUACACAUCGAGGCGAUUUGGCCGCAGGGUUUCACCUGCGACGAAUGUUUCAAACUCAAAGGGCAAAAGCGGCGGGACAACAAAUUCACGGCGAAGCGACUGCCGCACACGAAUUUGGGCACGUACAUCGAGAACAGGGUAAACAUGUUUCUGAAGAAGAAGGAGGCGGGCGCCGGCGAGGUGUCCAUUCGCGUCGUGUCCAGUUCGGAUAAAGUGGUGGAAGUGAAGCCGGGCAUGCGUAAUAAAUUCGUCGAAACGGGUGAAUUGGGCGGCGAGUUUCCCUAUCGGGCGAAGGCGUUGUUCGCCUUCGAGGAAAUCGACGGCGUCGACGUGUGUUUUUUCGGCAUGCACGUGCAGGAGUACGGUUCGGAAUGUCCACCGCCCAACACGCGUCGCGUCUACAUUGCGUACUUAGACUCUGUUCAUUUUUUUAAACCUAGACAAUAUAGGACUGCUGUGUAUCAUGAGAUUUUAUUAGGUUAUAUGGACUAUGUGAAACAAUUAGGUUAUACGAUGGCGCAUAUAUGGGCCUGUCCUCCUUCGGAAGGCGAUGAUUACAUCUUUCAUUGUCAUCCUCCAGACCAAAAGAUACCAAAACCCAAGAGACUGCAAGACUGGUAUAAAAAGAUGUUAGAUAAGGGGAUUAUUGAGAGGAGAGUAUUAGAUUAUAAGGAUAUCCUCAAACAAGCUAUGGAAGAUAAUUUAAGAUCGGCCGCUGAUCUUCCGUAUUUCGAAGGCGAUUUUUGGCCAAACGUUUUAGAAGAAAGCAUAAAAGAAUUAGAUCAAGAAGAAGAGGAAAAACGGAAGCAAGCCGAAGCUGCCGAGGCUGCGAUAUUCUCGUCGAUGGAAGAAAGCGAAGUAGGUCCAGACGGCAAGAAGAAGGGUCAAAAGAAAGCGAAAAAGAGUACAAAAUCGAAAGCAAAUCAAAGGAAAAACAGCAGCAAAAAAUCGAAUACUCCACAAACUGGCAACGAUCUAUCCGCCAAAAUAUUUGCUACAAUGGAAAAACAUAAAGAAGUAUUCUUUGUUAUUAGGUUGCAUUCUGUACAGUCCGCUGCUAGCUUAAAGCCAAUUCAGGAUCCCGAUCCUUGCAUAAACUGUGAUUUAAUGGACGGACGAGACGCGUUUCUGACGCUGGCCCGCGAAAAACAUUACGAAUUCUCGUCGCUUCGAAGGGCGAAAUACAGCACGAUGUCCAUGUUGUACGAGCUACACAACCAGGGCCAGGACAAGUUCGUGUACACGUGCAACAGCUGCAAGGCGCACGUCGAAACUCGUUACCAUUGCACCUUGUGCGAAGACUUUGACUUGUGCAUCAAAUGCUACGAAAAGGAAGGUCAUCCCCACAAAAUGGAGAAACUCGGUUUGGACAUCGACGAUGGCAGUUCACCAGACACCAAAGCCAAUCCCGGUGAUGCCAGGAAGCUAUCUAUACAGCGUUGCAUUCAUUCGUUGGUACACGCCUGUCAAUGCCGAGACGCGAACUGUCGCCUGCCCAGCUGCCAGAAGAUGAAGCGCGUCACCAAUCACACGAAGGUGUGCAAACGGAAGACGAACGGCGGCUGUCCGAUUUGCAAGCAGCUCAUCGCGCUCUGUUGCUACCACGCCAAGCACUGUCCGGAGAACAAGUGUCCCGUGCCGUUCUGUUCAAACAUCAAGCACAAGCUCAAGCAGCAACAGCUGCAACAGCGGUUGCAGCAGGCGCAGCUGUUGCGCAGGCGGAUGGCCGUCAUGUCGAGAGGUACCCAACCGGUGGCGAGUCCCAUACCGGGCGGCGGGGGCAUGGGAAUGGGCGGUAGCGGCGUGCAAUCGGUCGUACCCGGCGCCGUCAGUCCCGCCAAUUCGAUUAAUCCCGGACUGCCUAAUCCAUCGAUGGGCAUGCAAUCGCCCCAUCAACCCGGUAUUGGUUUGAAACCCGGCGCUCAAACACCUCCGGCGAACGUACUUCAAGUAGUAAAACAGGUGCAGGAGGAGGCGGCUCGACAACAAGCCCCUCACGUCGGUUACGGGAAAGUUAAUCCCGGACAAGUUCCCGGCCAGAAUAUGCCGCCGCCGCAAAUUAGAAGUAUGAGUCAUCUCGGAGCCGGUCAAAGCGGCGGUAAUCUUCUUCCGAUGGAGCAGUGGCAACAGAGGUAUCCCAGUGGCGUGGCGCCGGGCGGUAUACGUCAACAAGUACCGCCGGUUAUGCAGCCCGGUCAAAUGGGCCAGGCGCCGAUGCAACAGGCCCAAGCGAACGUCAGGCCCGGCGCGGCGCCGAUCAACGCUCAGGGUAACAUGCAGAAGCAGGCGCUGCAACAGCUGAUGGCGACGUUGCGUUCGCCUCAUUCACCCGAACAACAACAGCAAAUUUUAACGAUACUCAAAUCCAAUCCGCAACUCAUGGCCGCCUUCAUCAAACAGAGACAGCAGGCGCAACAAAUUCAACAGGCAGGCGGUGGAACCCCUCCUCAACAACAACUGCAACACAUGCUUAAUCAACAGGCCAAUUCGAAUCCGCAACAUCAGAAUCGGAUGCAAAUACAAGGGGGAUUGAUCAAUCAGGCGGCGGCGCAGGGCCUCAACCAAGUCCCCGGGCCCGGCCAGGCGAUAAACCAGCAACACCAAUGGUACAAACACCAAAUGCUGGUGAUGCAACGGCAGCAGCAGGUGCAACAGCAACAAGCGCAGCAGCAGCAGCAGCAGGUGCAACAACAGCAACAGCAGCAACAACAACAACCCGGUUUCCAACAGCCGGGCGCCUGUCCUACUUACCAGCAACGGUUGCCGGGCAUCAGACAGCCGCACAUCGGGUACAACAAUUCGUUUGGCGAUCAGCAGUAUCCGCAAAUGCAGGGAUUGAAACCGACGCCGCCUCCUGUGCAAUCGCCGCAGGGCGUGAUGGGACCACCUCAGGGACAAGGUAUAUCCGUGCAGCAACAGCAGCUCAUGCAAAGCGUGCGAAGCCCGCCACCAAUAAGUUGUUUUAGAAGCCCCCAACCGAGUCCGUCGUCUCGGACUGCGCCGAGUCCUCGAAAUCAAGCGGUAGCGAGUCCUCGGGGACCGCAACCGUCACCGCACGAUCUCGCCGCUUCGGAAAUGCUCCUCGGCCAGAACCAUUCGAACGCCUUACAUCCGCACGUUUCGCCGGCAUCGACGCCCAAUCAAGACUCGAACAAUGAAGUGCCGACCAUGACUCCGCAGGAUCAGUUGAGCAAAUUCGUGGAGCAACUCUAGUGGUGCAAUGUACUUCUUUCGAGACGAUUAUCAGACUAAUAAAAAGUGAUAAAAAUAUAUUUAUAUAUAUAUAUUAUCUAUAUAUCUAUAUUUGUAAAUACUGUAGAUUGUGAAAAAAGUGUAUUAUGUAAUAAUGAAUAUAUAUAUGAAUAUAUAAAAUUGUAAAUAUGUUUGAUAGACAACUGUAUCAUAUUAUACAUAUUUAAUUUUUAGUGAACUAUAAUUGAGUGAAAAAAAAUGAAGAUACCUUAAAAGUAUUUUAUGGCUUUGCGAGGCUGUGUUUAAAUUAACGGAUUGUUACCUAGUGAAUGGUAGACUUUGGCAUAGCUACGCAACUGUUAUUAUUAAAUUGUUUUUUAUUUUGUACAAUUACAAUAUUGAAUAUAAUAUGUGACUUUUAAAAUAGUCAAACUCCUUGUAAAAAUUAGAAAAUUUUUACCGAAACAUUUUAGUGUCGCAUCGGUAGCUAUUGUGAUGGCGGUCUCCCCUAAAAAGGGUUUAGACCUCCGUUUGUUUUUUAUAUAAUAUAUAUAUUUAUAAUUUAUAUACCUAUCGUCUGUUUUUCGUAUGUUACAACAUUCCACGAAGUGUGGGGUGCGGUGCUGGCACAAAUGACAAUCCUGACGCCCACGCCAGUGCAAUAACUUAUUCAAACAUCCCUCCUCUAAUUUAUUACUGAACAUAAAUCGAUUAGAUUACUUAGUGUUAAGGAUUAUAUAAAAGAAAAUAAAUAAUAAUUCUGAAUUUGAUUUUUCCUUAAGUUUUAUCCUCUUUAUUUUUUUAUCAUUUUUCACUUUUUCGUUGAAAUUAUUAUUACACUGUCGUACAGGUUACAUUUUACAUACCAUUAUAAGUACCAUACUACACUUUUCUAACAUUUUUUAAAUACUUCGUAUUUGUUUAUUAUUCACAGUUGACAAAUUUGUUUUAUUUCUUAUGACUUCUUGCAUAAAUGUCAUUAAUUCAUUAAUUUGUUGAUAUAUGAAUGUGGGAUGACAAAAAUUGCCAGCCACUCUCAUACUUCCAGAAUCCAUUACACUGAUACAAUUUCCCUUAUUUAGGGUGGGCCGUUAAAUUCAUACGAUAAAAAUACCAUGAUUGUAAAAACUACCUAUCUCUAUGUACUAUAUUA